AAGGCCUUCCUCCGAGAGAAGGUGCUGUUUCUUUGCCGCAGCCGCUUGUUGCUUCAAGCAAAGGAAGUUUCUCGCCUCGCCGACAUGGAUAGCAGUACUAUCCGAAUUCGUAAUAGUUCUACGCCUCCCUCCUAGAUCCCCAUUCCGGUCGACCUCGCUCGCGAAUUCCGAAUUUUAAGGCACGAGCCAGAGAUCUCCGUCCCAUUGCGACGGGACUGUGUCCCUUGCGACGGUGAUAGCAUAGUCACUACCAGCGCUCGUGAUAACCUGAGGAAAUAAAGCAGACGGAAUAUUUCUAAAAGUAAAAUAGGGAGAAUUUCGUAGGACUCCCUAUUGGUCUUUCGGAGUUACUCGACAGCGUGCGACAAAAACUAAUAUCAAGCACGCCAAGAUGCACUGCCGCCAUGGCCAAACCUUGAGUCGCAACAACAUCCUUGCACUUCUUCUCCUCUCCGCCACGCUCCUUGCACAACAUCUUCGCACCUCUUACGGUAGUAGUAGCAGCUUUCUUGCUGCCACUGAAAGCUUUCCUAAAGCUUCUCAGAACCCUCAAAUUUCUAGGGAUUCCUAUGGAAGCUUCUCAGAAAGCGGUAGCAGCAACGGAGUAUCAAGCAGCUCGACAGCUGUGACAGCCGCCGCCGCUGCAGCGAAUCAAGAUGCCGCCGCUGCUGCAGCGAAUCAAGAUGCCGCCGCUGCUGCAGCGAAUCAAGAUGACUCCGGAGACUCUAAAGAAACACCAAGAAACAGGGUCACGCCCCGCCUUCCACGUCGCAUGGUUCAAGUCGGCGCUCGCAUCCAGGUGCUUGACGACAAUCCGCAAGCAAAACUUGAAGGACUUUCUGAGAAGCGCGCCUCCGCCGCCGCCGCUGCCGCCGCCGCCACCAGCAGCCGCGCACCGCCUUUGUCGCCGCCGCCGCUGCCGCCGCCGUCCAGCGGCCCUCGCACUGAGAGGGGCUACGUUCCCGUUCGGCCGGCAUGGCGGCGAAACCUAGGCGAGCUCCGAAUUCGCCAAGAUCGAGGCCGUCGGCUCGGCGGCAGUCGCGGUGAGCGCCAGGCAGUGGACGAUGGAGCAGGAAGCGCGGGGGAUGUCAUGGGCAACACUAUGGGCGAAGAACCAGGGGACCGCAGCGAGCUGACGGCCGACGGGCAGCGAUCCAAGCAGAAUACUGAGCUGUCUUAUAACGGGGGCUCCGUUAUCGCGGACCCGACCGUCUACCUGAUCUACUACGGCACGUGGCCCAAGAAUUCAGGAGCUGCUAUCAUAGAGAACUUUGUGCGGUCGCUUGGGGGAGAAGCAAGCACCCAGGGGGGGCCAAGGGGCGAGAAUAGCGUGAGCGGUUGGUGGGCGAUCACGACGCAGUACUUCAUGACGGGGGCGGAUGGUAACCAGACAUACGUCACACCUCAGGUGCGAUUCGGGGGAUCGGUCGUGGAUCGCGGGUCGAUCGGCAACUCGUUUUCCGAUACAGAGAUCGCCAAGAUUGUGGAUCGCAACGUGGGCAAGGCCAACAGAUUGCCGUCCGAUCCGAGCGGGAUCUACAUCGUGAUCACGAGUGCUGACGUGGACGUGUGGGAGUUCAGCCGCUGCAGCUACUGUGGGUGGCACGCGCAGAUGAUGGACAUGCGGACAGGCGACCCCAUAGCGUAUGCGUUUGUGGGCCACCACUCGCAGUGCUGCCAGUACAGCGACUCCUCCCCCAACGGCAUGCCAGCCGUGGACAGCAUGGUGAGCACCAUCGCCCGUGAGAUCACUGAGGCUGCCACCGACCCGGACAUUUCCUCCGGCUGGUUCGACUCUUCCGGGCAGGAGAACUCAGACAAGUGCGCCUCCUUCUUCGGGCAGCCGAAAGAAAUCAAGCAGGCACGUGGCAGCAGCAGCAGCAGCAGCAGCAGCAGUCGCCGGAGCAGCAGGCGCAGGGGGCCGACGUUCUACAAAUCCGAUUUUAAGGCACCUGAAGAUACUGUUUACGAGUAUAACAUGGUUGGUAACCACGGCAUGCGUUACAUGGUGGAGGCCAACUGGGACAUCGUCACAGGGAGCUGUCAGAUCCAAGGCAAGGUUCACAAACCGAAGUCUGCCGAACCUAAACGGCUGGCUCGGAAUCAAGGCUUGGCUCCGGAGAAGGGAGCUUCGGCAGGAGGAGGGUGGAGAAUGUCGUUCUCAAGUGGUUCUGCUGCCCUUGAUUCCGCCAUACCUGGUUCUGCCACCCCAGAUUCUGCUGCUCCUGGCUCGGAGUAUCUUUUGCUCCCACCUGAUGAAGGGGACAGUAUUGGAUCCCUGCCCCCUCCCAGCUCCGCCGCCCCCAGCUCUUCCCCUCCCAGCUCUGCCGCCCCCAGCUCUGCUGCUCCCAGCUCUGCCGCCCCCAGCUCUGCUGCUCCCAGCUCUGCCGCCCCCAGCUCUGCUGCUCCCAGCUCUGCUGCACCUAGCUAUGCCGCUCCCAGUUCUGCUGCUCCAAGCUCAGGCAACUCCCCAGGAUCGGAGUAUAUAGACUACCCACCUGAGCUUGAAGGCGAGAUUGGCUCACUGGCUGCUCCCAGUUCUGCCGCCCCUAGCUCUGCUGCCCCUAGCUAUGCCGCCCCUAGCUUUGCCGCUCCUAGCUCCGCCGCCCCUAGCUUUGCCGCCCCUAGCUCUUCCCCCCCUAGCUCUGCCGCCCCUAGCUCUGCCGCCCCUAGCUCUGCCGCCCCUAGCUCUGCCGCCCCUAGCUUUGCCGCCCCAAGCUCCGCCGCCCCUAGCUCUGCCGCCCCUAGCUCUGCCAGCCCCAGUUCUGCCGCCCCCAGUUCUGCUGCUCCUAGCUCUGCCAGCCCAAGUUCUGCCGCCCCUAGUUUUGCUGCUCCCAGCUCUUCUCCUCCCAGCUCUUCUCCUCCCAGCACAGCUGCUCCCAGCUCUGGCGCUCCUAGUUCACAUGUAGCGCCUCCAUCGGAGGCGUCACCAGGCUCGGAAGUUGCACCAGGCUCGGGAGCUGCACCAGGCUCGGAAGUUGCACCCGGCUCCGAAGUUGCACCGGGCUCGGAAUUUGCACCGGGCUCGGAAGUUGCACCAGGUUCAAACACAGCCCCUGGUUCAGAAAUGGCGCAAGGAUCAGAGUCCGCCCCUGGUUCGGAAACAGCUCCUGCUUCGGAAACAUCCCCUGGUUCGGAAACACCUCCUGGUUCGGAGCUUGCUCCAGGUUCAGAGUUGGCACCAGGCUCAAGAACGUCCCCAGGUUCGGAUGGUGCUCCAGGGUCAGUCAACGCACCAGGCUCGGAAAAUGCUCCAGGCUCGGAUGGUGCUCCAGGGUCAGUCAACGCACCAGGCUCGGAAAAUGCUCCAGGCUCGGAUGGUGCUCCAGGGUCAGUCAACGCACCAGGCUCGGAAAAUGCUCCAGGCUCGGAAGACGCUCUUGGCUCUGAAGAAUCUCCAGGCUCGGAAGAUGCUCCAGGCUCGGAAGAUGCUCCAGCCUCGGAAGAGGCUCCAGGUUCGGAAGGUGCUCCAGGCUCGGAAGGUGCUCCAGGCUCGGUAGAUGCUCCGGGCUCAACAGUUGCUCCGGGCUCAGAAGAUGCUCCAGCCUCGGAAGAUGCUCCGGCCUCGGAAGAGGCUCCAGGUUCGGAAUAUUCUCCAGGCUCGGAAGGUGCUCCAGGCUCGGUAGAUGCUCCGGGCUCAACAGUUGCUCCGAGCUCAGAAGAUGCUCCAGCCUCGGAAGAUGCUCCGGCCUCGGAAAAGGCUCCAGGUUCGGAAUAUGCGGACUACCUCCCUGAUUUAGAUGCUGCUCCCAGCUCUGAGAGUGCACCUGAAUCAUACGGCUUGUCAGGUGAAUCAGUUUCAGGGACUGAUGCACCUGAAGCACAAGUCUUUUCAGGUGGAUCAUUAUUGGGGAGUUACGCACGUGAAGCAGGAGACUAUUCAGGUGGAUCAGAUUCAGGGAGAUACGCACCUGAAGCAGGAGACUAUUCAGGUGGAUCAGUUUCAGGGGGUUACGCACCUGAAGCAGAAGACUAUUCAGGUGGAUCAGUUUCAGAGGAUUACGCACCUGAAGCAGAAGACUAUUCAGGUGGAUCAGUUUCAGGGGGUUACGCACCUGAAGGAGAAGACUAUUCAGGUGGAUCGGAAAGUUACACAACUGAAUAAGACGACUAUCCAGAAAUAGCAGACGACACCAGCACCUGAAAUAGCAGACGAUACCUGAAAUAGCAGAUUAUCCAGCCAUCUAGCCUACCAUGCAGACGACAUUUGAGGUGAUUCAAGGAGGCUCAGCCUUGUGAGGAGGGAAUGGACUAGCGUACUCGAGUUCCCUUUUCCUAGACUCACAAGUGGCGCUGCUACUAUGGGUCGAAGAAGGUAUGCUGCUUCAGGUGGGUCGACGGAGAGGCUGCUGUACAUGAAAAAUAGCUCAGCGUGUCCAUUGUACUCGUUAUAGCCUUGUUUGUAGGCCUCUUUUUUGCUGUGUGGAGUGCAGGCAGGGCGCAUCCUUCUCCUAUGCCCCGAUUCCACU